AUGGCAGACAUUAUUAAACAAUACAAUCAUAUCACAUCAUCAUCACCUGUAGAAGAGAAUGUUAUUGAACAACAAGUACCAGAGGUCAUCAAUGAUCAUGAUGAUAAUGAUAAUGAUAAUGAUGAACACUUGGAUGUAGACGUAGAUUUGAAAGAAGUGGACAUGAUCAAACAUGUAGAGAAUGAAGAGAAUGCACAACAACCAUCAGAGUCACAGUCAGACGAGGACAUGGACGAUAAUGAGGAAGAUGAGGAAGAUGAGGAAGAAGAUAAUGAGCUGGAGAGAAGCAUGAUCAGUGAAUAUUGGAUUGAUGAGGAGGAGAUGCAAGCACCAGCUUGUGAUUCAAUACCAAUUAGACAGUCAUACAGCGCAAGGGACUUUCACAAGGAUUAUUAUAAUCAUGAUACAACUGGUUUGUUGACUAUCGAUGGUCAGCAAGUCGACAACACUGGCAACAACACUGGCAACACUACUACAACUACUGGCAACAACAAUACACCACGUGUCACAUUUGGCCGCACAAACAAGGUGUUCCACUUUGAGAAGCACCCUCUGGAGAUGUCGUCCGAGUCCUACUUCCUCUUUCCCAACUACUCAACACGCGACGACGACGACGAUGAUGACGACGACGAGGUCUAUGACGACAGUGAUCCCACCGAGAGCGACGACGAAAGCGACGGGGAGCCCGAUGGAAGCGACGACAGCUACGAACCCAGAGGUCCAUUGGUAUAUUAUAAGAGUCAUUUCAAAGAGAGUGAUGAGGAGGAUCAGCAUCUGCAACAGCAGCAUCAGCAUCAUCAUCACAACAGACAACCACAUCAACAUCAUCAUCGAUCAAGAAAUGAGGACGAGGACUAUGACAGUGAGUUGGAUCGCGAUGACGAUGGCGACCAAGACGAUGACGACGACAACAACAGUGUGGUCAGCGUCGAGGAGCAUGCUGACGUCGACUCGACCAAGGGUACAUUCUUUAAUGUCAAGCAGUACGAUCCAAAUGGAAGUGACAAGUCCACUGAAUACCUCAAGCAGCUCAAUGGCCAUCACACCACAGCCAUUCACCAAGCUCACCAAGGCGAGGAGGUUACACCAGCAGCGCCACAGCUUCGCGCAUGGGCGAACCGACCCCAGGUCCAAAGGUAUACACCAAGGUUCACCCAACCACGGCCUCAACUGCCACAGUCUGACAACUCUGACGAGGAUGAAGACGAGGCGGAGGAGUCGGAGGAGGACGAGGUUGACGUCGAUGAUGAAGACGACCUGGUCGAGGAGUCCAAGCUCAAUGAGAUCAAGACAAAGCGAUCGCUCAUCGAGAAGGAGUUGCAAGAGUAUCGCCAAAAGACCGAUCACGAACGCAGGCGUCUCAGAGACUGCUUCGCGCAGGCCAAGCAGAACCUGAAGGAGAAGAUUGAACAAGCAUCAUCACUGCUCACAAGCGACAACAACAGUAACAACAACGGCAACAACGCGAGCACCAACAACGUGAACAGCAUCAGCAGUAACAAGACCACCUCGCACUCAUCAUCAUCAUCGGCACGUGACCUGGUCUACAUUGAAAACCAGACAAUGAAGGACGAGCUUGACGAUGUGCUACUAUCUCUCUCACAGCUACAACACAAGAUCAAUGACAUGGAGCUAUCUCUUGGCGACGAUCCACGUGGUGCCAUUCACAAGCAGUCCACAGACAGACAGCAGCGCAAGGAAUUGAUGCUACAAGAUCGUGACCUAGAAGACAUCACAAAGCAAUUGUUGGACAUGGCACUACAAGUGUCCAGCUCUGUAUUAUACAAACCAAAGCAGCAGCAACAUCAGCCAGCUGGUACCACCACCACCUCGACGACAAGUGAUGACAACACAUCAUCAUCAAGGGACAUUGAGUUCUACAGGAACCAAGUUGAGGCCUUGGAGACCAGGCUAGGACAGUGGAAGCAUCACAAUGAAGUACUCCACAUUGAGUUACUCAUGGACAAACAGAAUAGCUCACAAGAGUUCUUGAACAUGUCGAACAAGAUACAAAAGGUUGAGGAGGAGCGCGAUAGGAUGUGUAGUCGUAUCGAUCAGUUGGUGGCCGAGCUCAGUGCAAUGGAGGGCCGCGAGUCAGUCCUGUCCAGCAUGGUCAACAACUUGAUGGGCGACAAGGAGGCUCUCGCACAGACGAUCUUGGACAUGGACAAGGACCGCGCUGGAAUCACAGAACGCUUCAAUCAUCUCAUACUAGAGUUGCGCGUGACUGGCGAGAGCGCAUGUAUCCAGCUGCAAGAGAUUAUUGAUGCCCUGACACUCGAGCGCGAGGAGCUCCAGAGCGAGAUACGUGGAGCGCAAGAGCAGCGCGGCGACCUCAUCACCAAGCUCGAGACCCUCAACGUCCGCCUCUUUGCAUUGGAGCGCGACAACACCACUCUGGUCACCAAGUUCUACACUUCGGAACAAUCAAACAGCGCACUCCUUCAGGAGACCCAGCGCACGGUCAAGCUGCUAGAGGCCAGCGAGCGCGAGUGCGCCCAACUUCAGAACCAGUUGCAGGUGGUCAACAAGCGAUUGAUGUGGGCCGAGUCCGAGGUCGACCGUCUCACCAAGGAGAUGAACAGACUGCUGACGGCCAGCAUCACGCCCAGCAGCAACAGCAUCAGCACCAGUGGCAAUGUCAACGUACCAAGCAGCAGCAGUGUGGUUGAUGUGGAGCUGAGCCAGGGACCCAAGAACACCGAGAGGAUACAGGUGGCGCUCGAGAGCAUCAAGGAGAAGGUACUGCAUCUCAAGCAGGCGUUGCUCAAGGAGAAGAAAGAGAUACUUCAGCUUCGCAGUGGCCUGGCGCUAGUCGUCGAGAAGGGCAAGGUCAACUCCAGCCAGACACUGUCCUCGCUCAGGGACUACAUUCUGCGCGAGGUGGAGACCACCAAGAUUGGCAUCGCCAACAAACUCACAGAGAUUGAAUCCACGAACAACAGCACCAACAGCGGCACCACAAAGGAGGACCUGGAGCUCACCAAUCAGUAUCUACUCAGUGAGGUGCAACAUCAGAGGAACAAGCUGAACCUCAUGCAGUCCAAGAUCGUCAAGCUGGAGAGCCAGAUCAUCGGGAUCACGUCGGAGAACAACUCGUUUGUUGGCGAUCAGGUCAACCAAUUGAUGAAGAUGGAGAGCAAGCUGAGGAAGAUGGAGGUGGGCAUCUCGCAACUGUCAGGGCCAAACUACUCACUGCCAAUGCAAUCGACCACCAUCACAACCACGACCACCACUCAAUACUUCACCGCGGACAACAACACCAAUGUACUUUUAUCUUCACCAAUGGCCGACGAGGAGUUUGAACAAGAGGCCACCAACAAGCCCGAGCUGUCAUCUGAUGGCUGGACACACAUUGGCAACUCGGCCCUCGCACCCCUGCCAUCGUCCUCGUCCACCCCAACAACCACCCCCAGCGCUGUCUCUGACACCCCCACGCCGCUUCCUUUGGCAGAGGGCACCACCCCUGAGGUGUCCACACCAGCUGCCCAGACCGACAUCAAACCGCGCACCAGCAGCAGCAACAACCGUACCAACAACAGCACCAGAAAGACUAUUCAGAAGCUAGUCAAGGGCACGUUGGCACUCGGACUCAGCACAUACAGCUCUUCACUAUUCAUUCAACUGCUCAAUCACAACAGCGGCAGUCCUAUUCAUCUGUCUGAUCUCUCGACACAGAGUUUAAGAUAUGGCGCAAGUGUCAUGGCAUUGACCGGCCUGAUUCAAUCAUCAUGGAUUGCAAUCAAUCAAAUAUUCACUCCUUUGAACAACAACAAACACACCAACAACAUUUCACAUGCUCCUGCUGCUGGAGAGCUAACUGAUGACACUCACACUCAGUCCACCACCACCAACGAUGUUGCCAACAACCAACUGAUGGACUACGAUGAUGAUGAAUCCUCCACUCAUUCAUACAGAGAUAUUGCACUGUCAGGUGCCAUUGGAGCUGCAAUGUGCAGUGCGGUACUCUAUCAUAGACUCAAACGACCCGAUGUCGCUGUGGCUGGAUCACUACUUGGAUUCUCAAUUGGAGGUAUCACUCGACUACUCAUGUCUGAUACAUUGUAA